CGACUUUAUCGACCAUGGAACGAGGUCCUUUCAACACAGCUAAUGAAUAUAUUUCAGCUGUUAUUCGAAAUCAGAUCCUUUAUUAUAAUAUCUUUAAAUCUAUAGAACAACAAAAAUACUGGAUUCCAAAAUAUGAAGAAUUAUAUAAAUUAAUUCCUAAAUAUUUUCCAGAUGAUAACAAAACCAUGUUUGUACUGAUGCAUGGAGACUUUCAUUCAUCAAAUAUUUUAGUCAAUGAUGAUGAAAUCACAGGAGUUAUAGAUUGGAAAUAUACUGGUGCAUUCCCAAUGGAGUGCAUAUGUACCUAUCUAGUAUGGAUAACUAAUAAUUCUAUAAUAGAACAAACCAACGAAAAGUCUGAGAAAAAUCUAAUACUACAGAAAUUUUUUCGAGAUGAAAUGUCUCAUCAUAAUCUUGAUUUUAUAUGCACAUUUGACAAUAUAGAUGAGGAAAAAAAAGAAUUUUAUUCCGCAGUAUUUAGUCAAGAAGUAUGGAAG